AUGGUUGCAGUAACGUGCUGUACAACUGCUAAACAGUUGGUUGUACUUGCAAAUGCUAGCAAUAUCGAAAUGACCGUUGGAAGUUACGUAGCAGAAAUAGCAAGGCAAGGGAUUUGGGCAUCGCUCACUGGUGGAUGGUACUAUGAGCCGGGUUACUCACCAUUUUGUAAUGCAGUUCAUUUAUAUCUUUGGCUAGUACUCUUCCUCAUUCCUUUGCUGCUUGGUAUAUGUUAUGACGGCUCUACUCCUUCUUAUAUUGUAGUUGCGUAUGUAGGCUUUAUCGUUAUCAUCUUUGUGAUACUUAAAUUCAUUGUUACUUAUCUGCACAACUUGUUCGAUACAGCUGAUCCAGUUCCGUAUCCACCUCUUCGCUCACUAAAAAUUGAAAGUUUUUCGUAUGAAACGGUGCCGCACUCAAACGAAAAACUUAAAGACGAAGAAAUUGAAAUGGUAAAUAUGAAAAAUGGUGAGGAUGAAAACGCUGUUCAUAUUGAACCUCAAGCCUCGUCAAGAGAAAACCGAUUAGCGGAAGCUGAUGGAAAUUUGACUUCAUUUGUUGAUGUGGAAUCCAGAGUUUAUAAAGAUAACAGUGAAGAAUGGGAUGAAGAUCGAAGCAGUGGAAAACAUUCGGAACAGGGUUUGCUUGUACCACCGCUAACCACGCUCCUUCCAGCGGACAGUUUGGAGUUAUUGCCAUUAGAAGGAAGACGUCAGUCUGGCAAUACUGCUAUGAGUCGACGAGUUGGAAUUGAUCGGAAGUUUUCCGAACCUUGUCUGAAGGAAACGCACAGACGUUGGUAUCGGACACAACGUCGACGUCUAAGUGAUACAGGACCGUCUGUACGUCGGGCAAAGUCAGUUUUUGAGACAUCAAAUAAAGGAGGUACUACCAUUGGAUCAGUACUAAGUCAGAGAACACUGGAAGAAUGUAAGAAAGUGACUCGUAAAUCAUAUCCGACUAAAAUGAGCAGCACAGCAGCGUUCUUGUCAAGUGCCCUAGCAAAACACUCUGUACUAUUUCAUUCAGAUGGACUGAAUUGCGAAAGCAGACCAGAAACUGACUCAAAUGAUCACUGUGCUGUGAACAAAAAAAACUCCGUAAUGUUCAUUGAAGAGGAUGAGCAACGAAUUUCAAAAAGAAUUACGCAGCAAUAUCAUUUGCCUACUAGUCAAGAAAUUCAGAGGAACAAAACAUUUGGUACCAGAACUGUUGUACCCACUGAGCCUGAUGCUGAACCAAAAGCAAACAUAUCUUCUGGUGAAGGCUGGAGGCCUAUUUUUGUCUCACUUGGUGAUUUGGAUAGACCUUCGACGAGUACAUUGCAUCGAACAUCAGAACUAGUCGAAGGAGGCGAUAAUCUUUCAUUACUCAGGAGCAGUUCUAAAGGAGUGGACUUGAAAUGUGAAAUUACGAAAUUUCUGGAGGAAUUAAUUGACAAACAUCCGGAAACAUUAGAUGCUAUUGAAAAUAUAAGAAUGAACAGACUUGGACGGGGUUUCACUUCUAGUAAUGCUUAUUAUCUUCGCUCUCAGCCAUCGAUUUUGGCUAAACCAAGAUUAGUAGAGAGAAAUUCUGCAACCGUAGCAGCAUUGUCGAAUUUAGCUUUAAAAGAUGGUACUCACGUAGCCUUGGAUCACGAGGACACUUCUCAAGGGGCUGUUCAUUCAUUCCAGGAUGAAGAUGGUAAUUGGUGGACGUAUGCUUUCGAUGAACAUGGAGUCGGAACAGCUCAUGCUUUGGGUAGUAGCCGUGCUUUGAUGGAAAUGAUCGACAAUAAUACGAUUACUGUACCUAAUGUGAAGCUUACAGCUUUAACAGAGAAUAGUUCCGACUCAGCAGAGGAUUCUGAUGUCGAUCACAAUACGCUAGUAAAUAUGAAUGAAGGCUGUUCACGUUCACAACUUAUAGAUGGCAUGUCUUCGUCUGCUACAGGCAGGUCUCGGGCAUUGUCAUCUUCGUCAAUAGAAAGUAGUACUUAUAUUGCUGACACACCUAGUGCUGUAUAUCAUGCUUCUAGUUCUGCGUUAAUGUCAACGCAUUCGAACCGUGAUAGACAAAAUGUUUCAUUUUCUACAAUGGCUGCUCGUUUGAGAAUUGCGUCUAGAAGACGAUCUCAUGAAAGUUUUUCUCGUAGAAGUAACUUUGUAGAAGAACAAACUGCUGAAAAUACUCCACAAAUUUGUGGCAUAUUAUCAAAUAGUGAGUACCGAAGAGCAUCAGGUGGUCCUACUUCUCCACCUAAUGAAACACCUUCAGCUUUUCAUCGCAUGCCUUUUUUUUCUGACUUAUCUGGGAUUGGUACAUCGGAUUCAAGCCGAACUAGUGACCGAAGAAAAAGUCAUUACUACUGGCUCAAAAUAUUUCCUGCUUUUACUGGUUGGAAAGGAAUGAAGCUAGAAAUGGAUCGUCUUUCAGUAGCUGCAUUAUUCGAUCGUAACAGUACACUGUUCUCAACUUUAUUUGAUAUUUUUCUCGCCUCAGCUAUUGCAGUUCUUACAGUUAUUAUACUUUCACGUUCUAUAUAUUACGAUCUGUCUCUCGUACUUUUUGCUUUCGUUGUUGCAGGGACGCAUUUCUCUUUAUUGAAAAGCGUACAGCCGGAUGCAGCAUCACCAAUACAUGGAUUCAACUGGCUUGUAACAUACUCGAGACCUGUUUAUUUUUCAAUUAUGGCUGUAGCGUUGCUAGUCAUGGAUAAUGAUUGGUGGAGUCAUCAUGAUGGAUCUCAGAUUUUAGAAUUGGAAUGGAAUUUGUAUCGUUUACGGAAUAUUUCACUGCCUACUGUUUUUCUAGCUUGUCGGGACUUAUUUUCGGUCUUAUUAAUUUUGCUACCUGUCGCUUUCACUUUUGGUUUGUUGCCCCAGGUAAAUACGCUGGCUUUGCAUGUAUUCGAACAAGUGGAAAUGUAUGUUUUUGGUGGUACGGCUAGUCUUUCGUUGUUAUCUGGAUUUAUUCAAGUCAUUAAAAGUUUGCUUGGUUUCUGCUUUCUUUGCUUUGUAGCAAAUACUGCGAAACGUGCCGAUCCCAGUGGAACACAAAAUGCAUUUUUCUCUGCCUUCGUUGCACUUUCUGUCGCAGUUUCAUAUCUUCUUUCAAGAAGCUCAAGCAAUAUUGGUAUCAUGACAUCAAGUUUCCAGUUCAUGAAAGUGUCGAAGUGUAUCCAGUUAGAUUCAGUUCAAGAGGCAGAGAACCAAGUGAAGGAUGGAGAUGCGACUUCAUAUCCAGACGAUCCACUACCUGGUGAGAUACGAACAAUUCUCAUGAAUCGAAUGAGAAGCGAUGUUACUAUUUCCUUACUUAUGUCGCUGCUUUUCUUUGCGCUUCAUUGUACUUCAGUUUUUACUGCUGCGCAGCCUUUUUUACAAACAGUAACAUCUGUUGCUUGUAUAAUUUUUGGAUUCAUAAAUCACUAUUUGUACAUGGAGUUGCGAACAAACACACCCUGGCGUAUUUUUUCUCGACCACUUUUACGUGCUCAUGAAUUUUCUCAGUUUGAAUCGCCUGUUGCUACUAAAUUGAUGCAUUUUGAAAUUAUUCAUUUUUAUAUGCUCGCUGUGGAAAAAAAUUUGCUGUAUCCAUUAUUAGUGGCGAGUACAGUAACGAGUAACAAGUGGACAUUACAUCCUUAUUUUAUUGCCCUUUUUGCUUUUCGAAUUCUUCGUUCUGCCUUUUCUCAGCCACAGCUUGUGUUUAUACCACUGGGAUUUUCUUUCCUGCUGACAAAAGCAGAUUUUGCUGGUUAUUCCAACAUUGACCUGUAUUUUCCACUGUUGUUUUACACAGCAGCAUUUAUUUGGCCGAAAGUGGUAGAGUUUUCGCUGAAAAUUAAUUUCAUUCUUGCAUAUGUUGCACCUUGGCAAAUCAGUUGGGGAUCCGCAUUUCAUGCUUUUGCACAACCAUUCAGUGUGCCACACACAGCUUUGUCAUGUAUUCAAAUCAUUUUGUCAUCAGUCAUAUCUGCCCCUCUAAAUCCUUUUCUAGGGUCGUCGUUCUUCUUAACAUCUUACGUGCGGCCAGUCAAAUUUUGGGAAAAAGAUUAUAAUACGCGUCGCGUAGAUCAUUCCAACACUCGUUUGAUCUCACAAAUUGAUCGUGGACCAGUAAUGGACGAUAGCAAUUUGAAUGCUGUAUUUUAUGAACACUUGACCAGAUCGCUUCAAAAUUCUCUAGCUGGCGAUAUCCUCUUGGGACGUUGGUCAACGGCAUUACAACCCGGAGAUUGCUUCAUUUUAGCUAGCUAUUAUCUGAAUUGUUUGGUCCAUAUUAUCGAAGUUGGCAAUGGCUUUGUUGAGGCAAUCAGCGAAGGUGUUGGAGAAGGCAUGGGUUGUUGUUGCUGCUCAGUGAGUUCGCUCCCUGGAUUGUUAUCAUUGAAUACAGCGUGGGUUUUGCGGUGGCUUGCAUGGGAAGUGGUGACAGCAAAAUAUAUUAUUGAUGGUUACUCAAUAACUGAUAAUUCUGCUGUUAACUUGCUUCAGGUACAUGAACUGCGUCGGCUCUUAGUCACACUUUAUGUGAAAAGUAUAAUUUUCUAUGCUCUCAAUUCAUCAAAAUUCGUGCAGUGGAUUCAGCUUCCUAGUAUUCUCGCGACUCUCCAAUCAAUUGAAACGAACAGUCGAUAUGUCGAUUUGGAUCCAAUGUUCAACGCUGCGAAUGAUGAAGACUUUGAUACCAAUCUUAUGGGUGUUUCUCGUCAGUGUUUUACAGAACUUUACGAAAACUGGAUACGUCACUGCAUACAGCAGCAGGCAAUAAACAAUGAAAGUUUUAAUGGGGCGGAAGCCAAUAUAAAUCGUAUCAAUGCAUUUUGUUUUGCUCUUUCCGUUGUUGGACGCAGAACACUUGCGGCUGCUUCACAUAAUCGUCAUGCGAAUGCUGCUGAAUCAUUCCUUUAUGGCUUGCAUACUUUAUUUAAAGGCGACUUCAGAAUAACUUGUCAGCGGGACGAAUGGGUAUUUGCUGAUAUGGAUUUGUUGCGAUGUGUAAUUGCACCAGCAGUGCGAAUGGCAUUAAAAUUACAUCAGGACCACUUUGCCGCUGGCGAUGAUUUUGAUAACACAACUUUGCUAUAUGAACGUAUCUCUCAUCAUUUGAAAAGAUUAUUUAUUUCUCACGAACAUGAUGCUGCUUGGAGAAGGGCGAUUAUUGCAAAUACACCGACUCUAUUAGCUUUGCGACAUAUUUACGAUGAUGGUCAAGAUGACUACAAAAUUAUCAUGCUGAAUAAGAUGCAUCUCAAUAUGAGAGUGAUAAAACUGAAUCGCGAAUGUGUUCGGGCUUUUUGGGCAGGCCAGCAACAAGAGUUGAUUUUCUUGCGAAAUCGUAAUCCAGAAAGAGGAUCAAUUCAAAAUGCUCGUCAAGUUCUAAGGCAAGGUUUACAUGUCAAUAAAUUAAACAUGAUAAAUAGUAGUGCCGAUCAACCUAUUGGUUAUCCAAUUUAUGUAUCUCCUCUUACUACUUCUUUCACUGAUUCACAUCCACAGAUACGCUUAUUAAGUACACCACCAAUAACGUUGGAAUAUCUGACGCGCCUACUUCAUUCUUUAUGGAUUUCACUAAGAACGCAUUUCGGUACGAGUAGAAGCAGUAAUGUACCAGCUCAAUUCGUAACAACUGGAAUAUCUACAAAUGCUAUGCGUACUAAUCCUAAUCACGAGGGACUAAGUAAUGUAAUACACUCUGAUGCUGCUCCUAUUUUUUCUGCGAUUUCAACGGUUAGGAAUGUUCAGACUUGCAGACAGCGGUAUGGAUCUGAAUUCCCACCAUCUUCCGAAAACUGCAUUGUUUCGGUCGCAUCCGAUGGAGCUUUUGAAGUAGCCCUGUGUCGCGAUGCUUUGAAAUCUGUCAAUGCAGACGAGUCUAUAGAGUUAAAUAAUUCUUCACGUGACUCCUCACAAGAUCAACAAACAUACUAUGCCAGAAUUACUGAUAUAGAGCAGAUUUUCACGUGUCUAGAUGAACCCUUGAAGUCAACUGGUGAACCAUUAGUUAUCUGGCCAAAUGCUCAAUGGCAGUUACUCGGUGGUCGUCGCUCAUGGAAUCUGAUGCCAUUUAAAGGACAUCGUGGAAAAGUUGUGCACAAAUGGGUCCCCUUCCAUCCACGCCGUGAGCGGCGAUCUCAUGCGGGCACUAUAUAUCUACUUAGUGUGAAAGAAAUGGAUGGUUGCUACGUUCCUGUUGGUGAAGAUGGGAUAGAGUUCAUAUCGAAGGAAGAAUAUGAUUGCGACUUAAAAACCGAAGCUACAGCGCAAAUUGAAUUGUCAAAAACCUAA